AUGACCGACGGGAAUGGAGCUGGGCCACAUCCGCUAGCAAGCCCAGCACUCAGCCCUGUCCACAGCCCAACCGGCAGCGCCGGUCCAACAGAUGGUGAGACUCGCCUUUUGGAGAUUCUUGCAGGAAUGCAGCAGAACCAGCAGGUGUUGACCGAGCUUCUGAGGAGCCAGUCCGAAUCCCGCGCAGCAGCAGCCGCUGCGACCACAUCCUACUCAGGUCUAGCGGCCAAAGACCUGAGCAAGGUGUUGAGGCAUCCUUCAACCUUUUCUUGUCAGACCCGAGAUGAGGAGCUGAUCAAGUGGCCAGCAUGGUCUUGGGAGUUUGAGCAGUAUUUGGGGACCUUAGAUAAGGAGUUUCAGGUGGACUUCACUCGCUUGAAAUCGAAUCCGAAAACUGAAGUUCUCCCUGCACAGCUGAGCGCCACUGAGCUCGACAGGUCACGCAUCAUGUAUGGCCUGCUUGCAUCGCUUUUGAACGACCGUCUGAAGCGUCUUCUUAAGACUGUGUCUGACAAUAACGGGUACGAAGCAUACCGCUUGAUCUCGCUUGACCUUCGCCCUUCAUCCCGCACCAGAGCCUUGGCCCUCAUGCAGACAAUCCACAAUUGGCCUGUGUUCGACAACAAGCAAGGCCUCCUGACUCAGGUUGUUAGGCUUGAGCAGGCGAUGGCAGAGUAUGACUCGAUUGCAUCACAGGCCAUGUCCGAUGAUCAGAAGGUUGUUUCGCUUCUGAGAUGUUUAACAGGCCAACUUCGUCAGCAUGUGAACUUGACCAUGGAAGACUCCUGGACAUAUGCCGAGUUGCGAAGUUUGGUUGCUCGAUAUGAUGCUUCUUCGUCAAAGUGGAGUGCGUCUGUUGCAGCGACUUAUGGCCUGUCAGAGGGCAAAGGUGGUGUGCUUGUGAAUGCGCCUGCAGCAUCCAGUGAAGCCGUUCCAAUGGAAAUCGACCGCCUUCAAAAGGAGAUUGAUAGGCUAAGCAAAGGCAAGACUAAGAAGGGUGAUAAGGGAGAUAAAGGCGAAACCUGCUGCAAAGCCCAGGUGAGACGAGUCACCUACAACCUCGAUGACUUUGAUGAGUCAGCCGGAGGUGAGAUCCGCAUGGUGUCAGGUUGUGAUUCUUGUGUGGAGAGCCAAGACGAAGUAGACAGGCAAAGCAAGGGAGCUUCGGGUUUCUUUUGCAAAGCGCUGAGCAUCUUUUCACGUUGUGUGCCAUCGAGGUGGUGCGUUUUCCACAAUGCAUUGCCGAGUGAUGCACAGAGCGAGGCUGAGCACGCUUCGGGCGUGUGUCAGCGUGAUGUGGUUGAGCACACUUCGGGUGUGACCUCGACCAGUGGAUCAGUGCGCAUGGUCCAGCAGAAUGCCGAGCAUGGCAUGGAGAUCGAAGUCAUAAUUGACUCAGGUGCUGACGCCUCUUGUCUACCGCAAAACCUCAGCAUGCUUGGAGUUUCCUCUGGAAGGCCAUGGGAAGGUUUUCAAGAUGCCCAGGGGAAUCAGCUGCUAGUUCACGGGACUAGGCGAGCUGAGUUGCGCUUCGGUGAUCAGCCUGGAUUCACCGAAACGUUCUUGGUUGCUCCCCACAUCACCACACCUCUUCUCGCAAUUGGGAAGUUGUACCGCGCCGGAUUCAGCAUGGUGAACAAAAAUGGAAACAUGAGUCUUUGCAGCCCUAACGGAGAGAUCCAGAUCCCAUUGCAUUUCAGGCAGAAUAGCCUUGCUGCACGAUUGCAUGUGCGUAUGAUCCAGCAGGAUGCAUCCCGUGUCCGUGCUGUGAAGUGCACUGUCGCUGAUUUGGCUCUUCCUGAUUACUUUGUGCAGAUCAGUGAAGAUGUUUUCGGCAUGCGUGGAUUUGGAAACCGGUUCGUUGACAUCACGAUGGCGUUGCCUCAUGAGGGUUGCAGCUUCAGGAGCACUGUUGCCAAGUGCCCCGAACCCAAUCAGUGGGAGAUUCUUGAGUGGUGCGAGAGCAUCGUUGAUGCUUCCGAUCUGAGUGGACCUUUGCCUGAGAAUGCCACCCGUGAGUUGAUCGUGUUCGCCACUCGCAAGAUUGUUUCCCCAGAUGAGCUUGGGUUGACAGUUGCAAGUGACUCAGCCGAGUCAAGCAGACCUCAUGUGUUGCCACCACCACCUGAAGAGCCUGAAAAUAUGGACCAGGAUGAGCCACAACAGCAUGCAGCCGUUGCACCCGAUCCCGGGGCCGAGCUGCAAGUUGAUGCAGCCCUGCGUGACGAGGUUGCAGCAGAUGAUGAUGGGACACUCGUCGUUGACGGUGUGUCGUUGAGCCUUGAAUCGACCCUUGCUGUUUUGAGGCAAGCUGCUCAGUCACUUGGGCUUGGCCGAUCCGGUGGUAAGUCCACUAUGCUGAAGCGCAUUAGAGAUCACUUAGCCCGCCAGGACUUGAUUGCUGCCCAUCAGGCCCGGCAGCAGCUUGCUGCUGCUGAAGAACGUGUGCCAGUGGAGCAGAAACAUGUUACAGCACCAAGUGAGGAUGCAUACCGCCAACACUGCCUGACCCACACACCCUACAAAGAGUGGUGUGCUCACUGUGUUGCCUUCCGUGCACGGUCCGACAGGCAUGAGGCCAAGACCGAAGACCAUCGUGCAAGUUCCGUCUUGUGCUUUGAUUUUGCGUAUACCAGUAGGGUUGAUGGGGGUGACAAGUUGUGCUGCCUGGUUGCAUACGACACGCAGACUAAGUGGUUGCAGGCAUGGCCGGUGCCGAGCAAAGGUGGAACUGCUUGCCGUAACUACAUGGCAGUUGAGCUGACCAAGCUGCUGUCGUACCUUGGGCACAGACGAAUCACCCUUCGUGCCGACCCAGAGGGGUCAUGCACUGCGCUUGCGAAUGCAGUCCAGGCACUUAGGCACCGCAUUGGCAUGGAGACCCACAUUGAACAAACCCCAGUGGGGGAGCACCAAGGCAACCAUGCAGAGGGUGCCAUUGAGCGCAUCAGACAACUCGCAGGGACAAUGCUCUCUGAGCUCGAGGGCAGAUUGAACAUCAAGAUCAAGACUUUCGACCCGUUGCAUCACUGGUGUCGCCUUGUCGUCGCCAGAUCAGUCCGUCGAACCACAUGUGAGUAUGAUCCCAGCCUCUUGCCUGCAUUGCGAGACACACCUGACAAGCAUGUGUCAUUCCUUGCUGGACGUGUCGGAGCAAGUCGCAACCAACUUGCCCCAAAGCCAGUCACGGAGGAAGGCCCCGGCAGUGGGAGCGAGGUUGCAGCCAGCGACCCGCCAACAGAGAAUGAAGAUGUCUUCGACAAUCCCCAUGACAUUGCCCUCGCCCCUUCUUCUGUGAGAUUGCCAGCCGAUGGCAUGCCUGCGACUCCCGAUUAUCGACCUCCUGCCCAGGAACCAUCACAACCUUCCAGACUUCCACCACGAUCAGCGCCUCCUGAGAGCGCACUGGCCACAGUUAGCUGUGAGCGGAAGUCCACCAGUGACUUUGCUGCGAAUGGAAGUUUUCUGUGGGCGAAGUUUUUCUUGUGCGCAAGGAGCCUAGUCCUACAGGAUUCAGAGCACCAGAACGUUCUCACAGGAUCACAGGCUUCUCACAGACAGGUCCGCUGCCGUUACGCCGUAGGAGGCUGCUGUGAGAAUCCUGUGAGAGUUCUGCAGGUUCAUGAAAGAGCUGAACUUGAUGGUGAUGUUCAGGAAGCAAAGCGCCAGAGGAUCCGGGCAGUGAAUUCCCAUCACCACAACGAUGAAGUCGUCCACUUAGAAGACCUAGGCCUUGGGUCAGACACUGACCUCAACGAGUCAGUUGAGGAUCCGCCUGCUUGGAAUGCAACCGACAAUUUCGAAGAUGCCAAGAACAUCCCUGAAGAGUUGUGGAGGCCUUUUGGGGCCGGUGAGCCUCAGCUGUCAAGUGAAGAAUUGGUCCACAUUGACGACAUAGCUGAAGCAUUCGAGUUAGCCCGACUUGAAACCAUGAAUGUUCUUGAAAGGCUACCUGCCACAGCUGACUUCAGCGGGUUUAAGCGUCUAAGCACAAAAAUGGUCAAAACUUGGAGAGUGAAACCGUCGCCGAAAGGAGGUGGAGAAGCUUUCCUUCGUCGGGCCCGUUUUGUCGCCCGUGAGUUCAGGUGGCUCAGUGCCAUGGUGGACAACGAGGUGUUUGCACCUGCAUCGUCGAAUGCACUUCUUCGUGUGCUGCCAGCUGCGCUUGUUGCACGUCAGCCUGAGGGCUGGACAGCCCUAUCUUUGGACGUUGCAGAUGCUUAUCUGACGGUUCCGCAAGCCGUCGAUACCAUCGUUACCAUAUGGGUGAGAGGUGAGCAAAGAUACUACAAGCUACUCCGAAACCUCCCAGGCCAACGCUCAGGAGCCAAGGAUUGGUUCCAAGCGUUUCAAGCACACCUGAUAAAGGAAAUGGCCAUUGAACCGCUGGUGGAAGCCCCAGCACUGUUCUCCAUUCCUGGUGGUUCAGAUGAGGGCCAUGGCGGGGGAGGCGGGGGUCUUUGCCACGUUGAUGAUCUUUUUGCAGUCGGGUCCGAUCCGACCAUGCAGAGACUCAGUGAGUGUGUGAAGUCCAGGUAUCGCUGCACAAUUUCCUUUUUGAGACAACCCGAUGACGAGGUCAGUUUCUUAAAACGGAGACACAGAUGGGUCAAGGGUGAUGUUUUCUGCAUUAGCCCAAACCCUAAGCACGUCGUAGAUCUUGCAAGAAUCCUUGGCGUCGCCGCACAGCGCCCAAAGGACAGUCCUUUACCAACAGGCACGCUUCCUUUAUGGACACAGCUAACGCCACUUGAUGAGGAGAAGUCAGGAAUCUACAGAAAGUGCAUUGGGGUGCUGCUUUAUGUGUCAAGCGAUUAUCCUGCUGCACAGUAUGCAAUAAAGACAUUGAGUAGCAUGUGUGGGAGUCCCAAUGAGGGAUCAUGGCGGUGCCUGCGCCACCUGGUGAACUACAUGUUCUUCCACGAGAAUCACGUCACUUGCCUUCGGACUGAGGGCAAAGGCAUCGGCCUGGUUGUCCGAGAUGACACCCACACCUUGGAGGUGUUCGCUGAUGCUGAUUGGUCAGGGAACAAAUCAACACGAAAGAGCACCAGUGCCGGAUGCAUAGCCUUCGAUGGGAUGGUGAUUCACACCUUUUCCAGAAGCCAGAGCUGCGUGAGUUUAAGCAGUGGAGAGAGUGAAUAUAUCGCAUGCGUGAGUGCUACAUGCGACGGCAUCCUCCUUCGCAGUGCCCUGCAGCACAUCAUGCGUGUUGAUGUGUCCAUGCACCUGUUCACAGAUUCCAGCGCAGCUCGGGGGAUCAUGGGAAGGCAGGGAUGCGGACGUCUUCGCCAUAUCUCCGGACGCUUGUUAUGGUUGCAGGAUUUCUUGUUCAAGUGGAAGAAAGCGUCGUUACACGCAGUACCGACCCUGACAAAUCCUGCUGAUCUGUUUACAAAGUCCUUGACAGGAGCCCGUGUCCGUACCUUGAGCCACAUCCUUGGAAUCCGUGAUUCACACGAUGGAUUUUCAUUGGUCGGGACAACUGAGUUUGAGGAACUACAACGCCGUGAGCAGGCAAAGAAGUUUCUUCGUGCUGUGAGGAGCACAGGUCGAGGGAAUGCCGAGGUGUUGCAUCUUCUUGCAUUGCUGGUUCAGGUCGUGGGUAACAAGGCUGCGGAUGAUGAGGACCGAGCACAGUUUGUGCCUGACUCGCCCGCAUCAGCAGGCGAGGAUGCAUACCCAUGGACCAGCUUUGCCUUCGUUGUCACCUUGACAGUGUGCAUCGCAUUCAUGCUUGGCCGUGCCAGCGCCAACACGAACUUUGCAUCCCUUUUGGAGUGGCCCUUAGUUAGGUGGGUACGUAGUUGGUUUAGGCUUGAAGCAACAGAGGCUGAGCAACCAUUGCUAGCCGAAGCACCUGCUCUUGCAGAGAACCUUGACACCACAUCAGAAAGCAGCCGUGAAAGUCUAGGCUUACAACAUUAUUCGCCACGAACUCGUGCAGAAAUCCUCGGUCGAUCGCCGCCUGCGACACCGAGUGACUCUGAACACGAAUCUGAGCAGCCAGACUCAGAACCAGAAGAUGACGAUGACGACGUGUAUCCUGGAGGCCAUGGACCAGCCUACCAAAACCAGGCAGAGCUGGUUGCACUUUAUGAGAUGGUUGGUGAAGCAGCAGCCAUCGAUGUGAUGCCAGCCAUGCAGCUGAUCCCUGCAGGUCAGCCAGCAGAAGUGCAGCAGCCACUGCUACAGGAUGAUGACAUCCUUCAGGUGAGGGAGGAUGCUGAGGUAUGGAUUGCCCCAGUGAGUGGGACCCGCUUUCAUCUCAUUGGGGAAUGCGAUGGUUUGAUGAGGGCGCGAUAUGUUCGCAGGCUGCUAUAUCGCCAGUUGCAGCUUGAGUUUCCUGGUCAGUACAGCAUGUGUCAGUUAUGCCAGCUUUGGGCCAGAGAGCUCGGGCGUCGCCAGGACAUUGCCCGCUUGGCUGCCAUGUUCCACAUCCUUCAUGUGGGUGGUCAGCAGAUCCCAAAUCCAGUGCCUCAGAACCUUCCGGAGCCAGAACCGCGCGAUGAUACGUGA